AUGCUGUCAGACACUCGCCGUUGGUCAGAGAAGUUUGUUAUCAAGUGUGCUCAGUGGUAUGGAACAUAUGGAGUAUACUGUUCACCCGAAAACAAAGAUUGGACUGUUCUGGAGCAUUCAAUUUCAGUCAAAGCGUUCUCACUUAUUGCAAUGUCAGCUGUAAGUAUGAGUAAGCAAAAUGCACAUCAGGGUCGCGAGGCUUUGAACUGGGUUAUUGAUUAUCGUCUUCCAGCAAUCCGUUCAUCCCACAGUAAUCAACCCAGCGAACUCACUGGUACCAAUUUUCCUGAACAACUCAAUACACCAUUAUCGAGUAAUGUGCCUUCCUUCUCAAACCCUACUGUUCAAACUAUGGAUUCACCUUUCCAGACAUCCGGACAUGUUACUUUAACCUCACCUACUCUAUCAUCAUCAUAUCAGAGGUCUUCCAAUUCACUAUUUUUUGCCGACAUUCCUAGACAUAUUCCUCCCAGUUCACAGUUUUCUAAAGAUUUUUCUACUCAGUCCCAAAACGAUUCCCUGGAAUCAACAUUAGAGACAUUUUCUCGUGACGUCACAUCUAUUACUGACACCAUAGUUAAACGCUCUCAACGAGUAGCACAUCUCUUUUCCGGAAUUGACGAAUAUGUAGUUAUUCUUUAA